CCUCAAUAGACAAUUAUAGAUUAAGAGCGACGUAUCCGACUACGUAAUCGGAGGAUAAUUAUGAUGACGAGAUAAGAAUAGAAAAUUGAUACCGAUGUGCCAGCCACCUCUCUUACACUCGUUUACAAAAUCUCUAGCCUCUAUGAAUUGCUUCGGCCAUGUGAAUUACAAUUUCGUUAUAAAUGGAGAGUGCAGUAACUUACUGGCAAAAGGGACACUGAAUCACAAUUCAUAAAUCAAGUCCCUUGUCAGGCCAACCUGGAGAUUGUCGAUCGUACGUCUUUAGCGGGUCCCUGCCCAAAUCUUAUUUUCUAGGCUGGAAACUUUGCUUGGAAUGCGCCGUGCUGAUGCCCGGAAACAACCUGCAACUCAACCCAAUAUCGUGAAACAGACGUGCACAUUAAACAAAAACGAUGCCGAGAGAUCCGCUCGUAGGAUUAGUUGGGAAGCCCUCGGCUGGAAAAUCCACAACCUUGAACUCUUUAACCGACGCGUCGUCAAAAGUUGGCAAUUUCCCCUUUACCACUAUCGAUCCCCAGCGCGCCAUCGGCUAUCUCCAGAUCGAUUGCGCCUGCGCCCGCUUCAACCUGCAGGAUAAAUGCAAACCGAACUACGGCGCAUGUGUGGACGGCAAACGUUCAGUGCCGAUAGAGCUCCUGGACGUUGCCGGUCUCGUCCCUGGCGCCCACGAGGGCAAAGGUCUGGGAAAUAAGUUCUUGGAUGAUCUACGACACGCCGACGCGCUCGUCCACGUCGUGGACGCGAGCGGGAAGACAAACGCUGAGGGCGAGAACACACGAGGCUACGACCCUUCACAGGACAUAGCAUGGCUGCGCGGCGAGAUCGUGGCCUGGAUCAAGGGCAAUCUGUGGCAAAAGUGGGGGUCGAUAAGGCGACGACACAUGGCAAUUAAAGCGACAGCCGUCGAGACGUUGCAGGGGCAAUUCUCGGGAUACGGAAGUACAGCGAGUGUGGUGGCCCGGACACUGGAUAAGUUGGCCCUGAAGGAAGGCUUAGAACACUGGAGCGAGGAGACGGUAGACCGGGUCGUGGGCGCCUUCACCGACGAAAAGUUCCCGACCGUCAUUGCGCUGAACAAGAUUGACGACGCUGACGCGUAUACGAAUUUGAUGAAGAUCACCCGGCUAUACAAGAACAGCCCCGUGGUUCCGUGUUCAGCCAAGGCCGAGCUGUUCCUACGAAAGAUGGCGAAGCAGGGUUACGUACAGUACACAGAAGGAGGCGACUCCGUGUGGACGAGACAGGACCUCAUAGACGACGGCGAUCCUGAUGGCGGGGGCCUGAAGGAACUGGAUGAGAAGAACAAGGAGACCAUUGAAGAGUACAAGGACAUGAUCCUGUACCGAUACAACUCCACGGGUGUUGUUCAAGUUCUUUCAAAAGCCGCCGAGAUUCUUGGUCUUGUCCCGGUAUUCCCUGUACGAAGUACUGCCACAUUCAACUCCGGGUCGGACACCAAAGCUGUUUUUAGAGAUUGUGUGUUGGUCAAGAAAAACACUACGGUGCGCGAUGCAGCAAGAAAAGUCUUUGGCGAUGCACCACUGGCCUAUGUGGAAGGGGUUGGUGGUACUCGAGUCUCCGAAGACGACAUUAUUUCGGUCGGCAAGCACGAUAUUUUGUCGUUCAAGAUUGGUCGAGCUUAGACAAAAAAAAACUUGAUUCCUAGAGUCC